AUGAAACACAGCAGCACUAAGCUGCUAUUUUACAUUGGUAUUCUUUACACGAGCAGCACGGCAGGUGACGGCACAGCCGCGUUAGCUUCGAACCCGGAGGUGCGCAGUACAGGUGCUAUCGCCGCUGGGCCAGUGGCAGCUGCCCGCGUGCAGAUCGACGCUUUACGCGCACUCACCGCAAGACUCAAGGAUGCGUAUAACGGCGUUGAAGUUCAAUGGAAGGACGAAGACAACUUCCAAGAGGCAGGUGCUUCCUCACUCGACUUCGUGGAGACUGCGGGCUCAGGGUCGGGCUCCGGCGACGACACCGACGACACGGAGAACUUACCUGACGACGACGAGGAUAGAGACGUCAAUCCAGACUAUCCAGAAGGCUCGGGCGACAGCCGACCGACGGACGAGUUAACACCGGAAACGCCUACAGAAGCUCGACCGGUCCCAGUAACGGAGGAGCCGUUCGUGCCCAACAUCAUCAGCGGGCCCGGCACCAGCAACGUAAACGUGCGCGGUCGGGUCGCGGAUGCCGGAAUUGAGGCAGCUGUUCCCCGCGGCGAGUCCGGCAGCGAGUCCGGCAGAGAGUCCGGCCGGACUUCUCCCCCGGUCCGGGAGUCCGUGCCCGGCUCGGCAGACCGGCCAUCGCUCGGCAAGGCGCUGUUCACCUACGCGCUGCCCGUAGUUUGCGCCUGGUUCGGCACUAUCGUCACAGAUUUGUUCUAG